AACUGUCACUGUGCUUAAAUUUAUAGACUAUUAGCAAAAAGUUCUUACAAUGAAUGUUAAAUAUUAGAAUUAAAAUGCUCGUAGAUGCAAUAACAACUUUCGGUAUUACCAACUGUCAUUUAGUGUAUUUUCAAUUUUAUAUUACAUUAUAUUAAACGAAUGAACAAUUAUUCGUUGUGUGAUUUCGUUCUACGUAACCAAAAACAUUCUAAUGGUUUGUUAAACAAGUGAUAUAAAUGACAAAGUGUAUUUAAACUUUUGAGGUUAGUAGAAUGAGGUUAGUUUCGAAUAGAUUGGCAAUGUGCUGUGAAAUUGUUCAUGGUAUCUGCUUACAGACUGCAUUUACUUGUCGCUCACAUGUGUCGGUUGUGUGCUGAAAAUAUUUUCAUCUAUUUAUUGUGAAUAUUUAUUAACUUAUUAAUAAAAAUGAAUAUUUCAACGAACGAGGGCAAUCCGAAUACUUUAAAGCUAGUAAUUGCAGCUAAAGUAGCACAACAUGCGGUUACCGUAAAAACGGUACAGCCAAAAGUUGGCUUUUUGAGCCGUUUACCUUCUAUUGAACUUUCAUCUGGGUUAGUACUAUUUAGUACUAAUGCAGCAAUGCAGCUCAUAGUACCUUCUUCAUCUCAAGAGUCAAAAAUUCUUAAUAAUAAAUGGUUGGAAUGGGAAAUAUCUCAGUUACAGCCAGCUAUAGCAUUUUAUGGUAAUACAGGGAUUUACAAAACCACACAAAAGUCAUGUUUAUGGUCCUUAUUAAGAGAACUUAAUAAUGCGUUAGAAGACAAACAGUACUUAAUUAAGGAUAAUAAUGACUUAUCAUUGGCAGAUAUAUGUAUUUGGGUAACUCUAUGGUCUACAGUAAUGGCCACAGAAAUUGGAAAUGAAUUAAAUAAAGAAUAUUUAUCAAUUAAAAAUUGGAUAUCCAGUAUUGAAUUGCUGCCAGUUAUACAGGAUUCCAUUGAAGAAUACAAAUUUGAAAGAGGCUCAAAAGCAAUUUUCAGUAUUCAAGCUGUAUCUUGGUUUCCUGUUAAUGCUAAUUCAAAUCCUAAACCUUCUAAACCAGCUGAUUUGCAGCUUAGUCCAACUAAAGAAAAAGAAAUGGAAGCAGUUAGUCAGGAAGAAAUACAAAAUAUUUCAAGCAAUUGGUCUUCUAGAUCAUAUCCCGAUGUAAAGAACUUUCCUUAUCCUGUGUUGCCAAAAAAAGGAGAAAAGAAUAUUUUAAUAACAUCAGCAUUACCUUAUGUCAACAAUGUUCCUCAUUUAGGAAAUAUUAUUGGUUGUGUUCUUUCUGCUGAUAUUUUUGCCCGAUAUUGCAGACAAAGAAACUAUAAUACCCUUUUUAUUAGUGGUACUGACGAAUAUGGUACUGCUACAGAAGCUAAAGCUUUGGAAGAGAAAACGACACCCCAAAAUAUUUGUGAUAAAUUUUUUGACAUACAUAAUGAUGUUUAUCGAUGGUUUAAUAUUGGGUUUGACUAUUUUGGUCGUACUACUACACCAGAACAAACAGAAAUUGUACAAUCAUUUUUCUUAAAAAUUAAAUCAGAAGGAUAUGUAUUAAGUGAAACUGUAGACCAGCUUCUGUGCGAGUCCUGUGAUAGGUUCUUGGCCGAUAGAUUUGUAGAAGGAACUUGUCCAAGGUGUAAAUAUGAAGAUGCACGUGGCGAUCAGUGUGAUGGAUGCGGUCAUUUGGUGAAUGCAACGGAUCUUGUAUCUCCGCGAUGUAAAGUAUGUAGUAAUAGACCUAUUGUUAAAAAGUCGCAACAAUUCUUCUUAGAUUUACCGAAGCUAGAAAACAAGUUAAAAGAAUGGUCCUCAACAGUAGAAAAGGGAUGGUCAAGCGUUGCAAAAGUGGUUGCAAAACCGUGGCUACGUGAUGGACUUAAACCACGAUGUAUAACAAGAGAUUUAAAAUGGGGAAUACCUGUUCCAGUAAAAGGUUUUGAAAAUAAAGUAUUUUACGUUUGGUUCGACGCUCCUUUUGGUUAUAUCAGUAUUACAAAAAGAUAUACGAAGGAAUACCGACAAUGGUGGAAGCCAACGGAUGUACAAGUUGAUCUAUACCAAUUUAUGGCAAAGGACAAUGUUCCAUUUCACGCAAUUAUGUUCCCUGCUUAUUUAUUAGCAGCUAAUGAAGGUUAUACAUUGAUGAAACAUUUAAUGGCAACAGAAUACCUCAAUUAUGAAGAUACAAAAUUUUCUAAAUCGAGAGGUAUCGGAGUAUUUGGAACUGAUGCUAGGGAUACAGGUAUACCGGCUGAUGUUUGGCGAUUUUAUCUUGCAUAUGUUAGACCCGAAACGCAAGAUUCGAAUUUUAAUUGGGUGGAUUUAGCGACUAAAAAUAAUAGUGAAUUAUUAAACAAUUUUGGAAAUUUUGUUAAUAGGGCUCUAGUAUUUGCGGAAAAAUACUUUGAUUCUAAGAUACCACCAAUAGAACUUCAGGAAGAUGACUUAAUAUUACUGGUAUUAGCUCAGCGUGAAUUAUCAUCUUAUAUACAUGCUUUGGAACAAGCUAAAUUACGUGAUGGUUUGAAAAACGUUUUAGCAAUUUCAAAACAUGGAAAUCAAUACAUGCAAUUCCAAGAGCCAUGGGUGAAAAUUAAAGGAACAGAUAACGAUAAAAAAAGAGCUGGAACGAUCAUCGGUAUUUGCUGUAACUUGGCAUGUCUUUUAUCAGCCCUUUUGGCUCCGUUCAUGCCAUGCACCGCCCGCGAAUUAAGAUCCCAAUUAGGAUUGCAAACUAGUAACUAUGGCUAUAUACCUGAUGUUAUCACAAGCAUACUUCCCGUGGGACACAAAAUUGGUAAACCAUCUCCGCUAUUUAAAAAAAUAGAGGAUAAAGAUGUAGAAAUAUUAAGAAAAAAGUAUGCUGGUAAGCAAGAAACUACAAGUAGCAGUGGACACGGAGAUGUAAAAUCAUUGGAUGGUGCAAUUGCAGAAUUGGACAACAAAGUUAAAAAACUAAAGGCCAAGUUCGAUAAAAGUGGAUGGCCAUCCAGUCAAAUUCAAAUUUUCUCAGCUUUAAAAAAAAAGCUUCCUGAUCUCAUAAAUGAAAAAAAUAAAUCCCCUGAAUCGCAAAGUAAAAAACCUGAAACGGUUUUGGUACCUGAACAAAAUGGAGAUGUUGCAAUGGAUGUAGCAAGUUUGGAAGCGGCCAUCGCUAAACAGGGCGAUCUUGUACGUCAAUUGAAAGCUAAAGAAGAAAGAUCUGUAUGGCAACCAGAAGUAGAAAAAUUAUUGAAACUCAAAAAACAAUUAGGAGAUCUCACUGGAACAGCUGCAGCUCCGACUGACAAAAAGUCGAAGAAAAAGAAAUAAGCUAAUUGCUAAUCAAUAUGUAUACAUUUCACAUCAUUAAAAUCUAUGGAGGUUUCAUAUAAUAAAAAGUCAUUAUACAUUUUUUAUUGCAACGUACGCACUUCGGAAUAAUACCACAUAGUAUUUUCACAUUUAAGUAAUGUAAUCCAUAUAGUUUAUUUAAUAAAAUUAAUUUGUACAUCGGGAAAAAAGUUAUAAAAUUGUAACUUACAUAACUUCUUUGACCAAAGGUAAAGGAGUAACAUAAUUCAUUUAUUUUCUAAUUAAAAUUUUUAUUUAUUAGAAAGAAUUUUUUUUUUGUUAGUUACACGAAUAGCUACUUUUGUCUUUACCGUAGUUUUAAUCCCUGGUGCAAUAUUUUUCUGAUUACGUUUUUUUAAUCGACUUCCAAAUUUUUUUAUUUGUUCCUGUUUUGUGCUUAAUUUGCAGAAAACUACAUUUUCUAUGAAACAAAUAACAGCUGAUAAAAUGAUGCCAAAACAUAAAACAAGUAUAACUGGUAUCGCUUCAUGAAUAGUUACACUAGAUACAUGAUAUUUAUCUUUGUUGCAAUAAGGUUUUCUGUAACUCCAACGUGAUACUUCUCGCUUCCGAAUCCCUGAAGUGGAUAUUUUAAGAAUACUACAACAACAAUUAUGUAAUUACUAAACCGUUUAGAAAAAUAUAUACUACAUGUAACUUUUGUGGACUUAUA